UUCAGUUCACCACUGCAGGGUGUUCUGUCUAUAGUUUUAAUUUGUUUUAAUAACCAACUGAAGUGUUCUUGUAUCUGGGGCUGAAUGCUUUGUGAAGUUACAACAAAUACGUUCCGAGCCACUUCAACGUUAUGGCUGUGGCAUUAAGAAGACUCCUACAUAGGUGGGAUGGUAAAAUACAAUCACGUCUGUCACCCGCAUUACGUAGCAAGUGGAAUCACCCUGCAGGGCCGAAGACAAUACACUUCUGGUGUCCAGUGUGCAAAUGGGGACUUGUGUUUGCUGGCAUGUCUGAUCUUGCCAGACCGGCUGAAACUCUUAGUUUGAAUCAAUCCCUUUCAUUGGGGGUCACUGGAACUAUAUGGGCUCGAUAUUGUUUGGUUAUCAUUCCGAAAAACUAUUUUCUCUGUUCCUGCAACGUUUUUCUUGGUUUGACAGGUUUUCUUCAAACUGCCCGUGUUUUGAAAUAUCAAUCUGAGCUUGCAAACAAGAAUCAGGAUGAAGCAUAAUCACCACAGUGCACUUAUUUUAUAGUUAACAUUGACCAAAUGCUUAUGUCGAUGAUAACCGUAAACAUUUUAAAUAUCAUAAAGAAUUUAUUAAUGUCUUUAAUGUACAAGAUAUUAACAUGUA